GUGACGUUGACUCCGAGCAUGGGCGUGAAGCCGGUCGAAGGCAGCCAGGAUUACGCCGUAACCCGCUCGGGCGACAGCAUCCCAUGUUGGCUGUCCCUCAAGGUCUACAAGACUGGGUCGUAUCUCCUUCCCUUGUUUGGGACGUGCUAUCGGCUCCUCUUUGUGCGCUCUGUCCCACACAUCCACUACAAAAUCGUCAAGCAGGUGUCCGUGUUGCGGCAGGGAG